GAACAAUUGGUUGCAUGCUAAUAACAGAUUUCCCUGAGAGAUCAACUUUUGGGUUUGCUGCCUUACAAGAAAAUUGAAUCACCAAUGUCUGUGUGUGAUAAUUACCUAUAUUUAGUUUUAGCUGGUUCUACUUAAAAAAUCUCUUGGUUAUACAUUCAACACCUUUGUUGAUAUAUCGAUGUCUAGAUGUUAUUUUUGCUAACAGUUAGUGUUUUCUAGUUCUGGAAGUGGGAGACACAAAUGAAAAAACUUUUCAUUAGCCUUCCAUUUUGAGAUGAUUUCUUGUCUGGAUAAUUGUGAAAGGAGAUAUUGUUUUGUCUUGCGAUAAUUGAACGGGAGGCCAUUGAAAUGGCAAGCUACUUGUGGAGAAAAUAUGCAGAUUACUUGUACACAAAAUGGGAGAAAACCUUUCUUUGGGACAUGGUGGCGCCUUAUAGAAGGCCCAAAUCCUUUACACCUUUAGUCACAAUUUAUAUAGCUGCUUUCUACACUGGAGUUGUUGGGGCUGCCAUCACUGAACAACUCCACAAGGAAAAGUAUUGGGAAGAGCAUCCAGGCAGAGUUGUGCCUCUCAUGGAACCAAAGUUUUAUUGGGGUCCGUGGAGGAUUAUGCGAGGAGACGUACCGUCUCCACCACCAUCUCAAUGAAAGGUCUGGAUGCAUGUUUUAUGUUUGCUUCCAAUUCACCACAUUUUGUCAUUUAAGCACAGGAUGUUUGGCUUCACCAAAAGCUUGUUACUGCACCCUUGUUGUGUUGUCUUUUUCUCUCAGCUGUGAAAUCGAAAGGUUUGGAACUUGUUCUCUUCAUGGAAAGCAUACUAUAAUAUUUAUAAAUAGCAUUAAGAAUUUUUACAACAGCUUUACUUACUAGUUGAGCUUAUCCCUCUUUGUAAAUUUGUGCUGAUUUAUAUGUUGUUUUUCUUUUGUUUAUUGACUUGGACAGUAGGACUUGACAAAAGCAACAUGAAGCUUUGUUAAUUAACUUGGCUUCUGUUCGUCGUAGAACACAAGUUCCAUCAUAAAAUUUGAAAAUGCAAUUACAUAUUUGGUGUAGAA